AUGGAGAAGGAAGCACAGAAGGACAUAACGCAAUGGAGACGGGAGCAGGAGACGAGUCUGCGUGAGGGCAUCGAGGCAUUUAGGAGAACAACUCACCAGCGUGAGCUGAAGGAAAAUCUGGAGUUUGUACAGUUCAAACGGGAGAGGAAGAGGCGAGCUCGGGAGGCUGAGCUGGAGUUGAUAACACAGAGUUAUGAUGCUCAGCGAGAGAAGUCGAUUCAACGAGAGAACUGCGAGAAAGAACGGAUAACGGCUGAUGAGGUGUUCAAGGCAGAGCAGCGGGAGGAUCGAGAGGAAACACGGAAGCUGGUGAGAGCUCUGAGGAAGGAGGAGGCGAGGAAAGAGCAGGCCGAAAGGCUUUAUAACAGUGCAGAGAAGAUGGAGUACGAAAAGAGGCAAUUACUAGCAGAAAAGAACCGUCGUAUUAAGGAUCUCCAACUGAUGUCGGCCCUCUGUAGGAGAGGAAGGAGGAGGAGGUUGAGGAAGCUCGGCGAAUCUGGAGCCACCCCGGCCGACAUCGAGACUGUGGUGAAGAAGGAACAUCCUGUGGAAGACCAACGACCCCGACAUAGACCUGUUAAAGUUCGGCCGAUAUUACCGGUGGAGCGAUUAGCUUCCCUCAAGAAUGACGCUGGUCGGGCGGUAUUCGGCUCCAAUGAGUCACCGUUUCGGCCCAAGUCCUUGGCGUUUCCUACUACAAAAUUCGCUCCGAAGAGGCCCGAUGCGCGGACUGUUGGGAGUGGGGAUCCGGCCUUGGCGAAGACCAUAGGGAAGAUUGCUAAAGAGAUGCACGUAUCGAGUGAGGAUGAACCGAUGCCGAGCAGCGUUAAAGUGAUCCUGAUGAACGCGAUGAAGGUGUCGGCUGAGGAGAAGAAGAGGAGGAAAGAGAAAAUUGAGAGAAGCUCGCUGUCUCAGAGGGUCGAGGAUCGGAAGAGAGGGCAGCGGCUCGUAGAGAAAGCCUUGGACGAUGUUGCAUUCGGUGCUAUCGAUAGUGGCAUACAGGAGUCUAGCGGGGCUGCCCAGCUCUUCCUGGAGAGUAGCCCCAAUGUUGAGGGGGAAGAGAGGCCAGCUUUGAAACAGGAUAAAUUCUUCCUCAUACAACUCCCUAAUACGUUCCCUCGAGUCGUAGCAGAAAAGGAGGAGGAAGAGAGCAAACCUCGUGCGAAAGGUUCGUUGCCACCAGCUCCCGAACAGGAAGUAUCAAGCUUCUCCGACGUACCCGACGGGAAGAUCGGCACCUUGCGUAUCCAUAAGAGCGGGAGGGUCUCGCUCCUCAUAGGGAAUAUUGAGUAUUCGUGCGCCCUUGGACAGAAGCCGAAGUUCGCGCAGGAAGUUGCCUGCGUUCUUCCCACACAGGGCGAAGCUGUGUUCAUGGGAGAAAUUGAAGAUAAAUUGAUCGUGUCGCCGAAGAUCUGA